AUGUCACCACAACUUCUUCAUAUGGAUAUCAACAAACACGUGUUCAAUCUACUUCCAAUAUCUAUAUCGAUACUCCAUUAUCACACAACGCCAAAGACAAACGAAAAGAAAGGAAAAAUUAUUUGGAUAAAAGAAAAUCCAAUCACAUAUCCACCAUGCCAAUUCGGUAAUAAUGGUCGUCAUCAAGAACGUUUUGAAGACGCUUCUAAUUUUACUACAAGAACUCCGUUGUCCAACAUUACCAAUGUCAACGGAGAAUGUUCAGUCUUGUGUCGUGACAUGAGACCUAUGACUUCAUCUUCAAUCACUCGAGACUAUUCCAACAAUUUAUUGCGCAAAAAUAUAAAUAAAAAAAGGAAGUUUCUAAAUACUACUCACAUACCCAUUUUCGACCUAACGUCAGAAGAAGAGUUUCGUGAUCAACAAAUCCAUAAACUAACUUUAACUUCAGGUGCCACAAAAGAUUACUUGGACCAUGGUGAUCAGACUUUUGUGUGUACGAUGUGUCAUGCACAGUUAUGGAGGGAUGAAGCACAAAAAAGCGUUAUUGGGUCGGGUCCAAGCAGUUGUUUAUACUGUGGAGUUUCAAAAGCGCGGUCUGCCUCAUGCACAUAUAUGUUUAUUCAUGCAUUCUGA